GUUGCCAUGGAGGUGAUCACGUGACGUUGUACACUGUAAUGGCGGAUUAUAGACAUCGCAGAGGGAACAGUUGACAUCAGACGAAAGAUGGAUUUACGCGUGUGUUUAGGAAUUGUUUGCCUUCUUUCUUUGGCGUUUACAUCCUCCGAAGCUAAAUGGGUUGAAGGGAAUUUACAGUCAAAUAACAACUGGGAGUUCCUUGGCCGAUUCUGUUUCCUGUCCUCCAAAGGCUCCCUUGUAUACAGCUUCAUGUACCCAGUGGACUACGGAACACAGGAAAUUUUACUUUACUAUGACGCUGAAUCCCAGUGGAGUGCAGUCUACAAAACGAGCAAGAACUGCUCUUCAAAAGUGUCUGUAUUGAAGCCAGAAAACCAUCAAAUUAUUGCCUUGAACACUAGCAGCACCCUGACAUCCCGGUACUCAGGGUGUCGCUUCGCCCAGCGUGAUGGCAAGAACUGGUACAACUGCACUGGGAGUCGAACCUUCAGGUCUAUGCGGGAGCGAUGGUGGUACGUCGCCGUGGCACGAUGUGGGAAGUCCCAAGGAAAUGCUGUAAGAUACGUGGAGGGAAUGAAACUGGAGUAUUCCAUGCACAUGACGAACGGAGAGCCUGAAGACAAGUUGACGUAUGAGUUUUCUGCUGAUGAGUUCUAUAUUCUGCCAAUCAACAUUGCAUUCCUCCUGGCGUACAUGUGCCUACUGUUUGUCUCCAUUGUGUGUGCGGUCGUGCUGCGGAACCGUCAGCUGUUUCACACCACCUACAAGAUGUACAUGGUGGCGGUGGCCCUGUGGACGUUCCAUGUGUUCCUCAUGUGUAUUGCUUACGGGAAGUACUCCGACACCGGCCGGGAGGAGAGGGGCACCAAGGUGACAGCGCGAGUGUUCUCGUCGGCCAGUGACAUCAUCUACCUGCUGAUGCUGAUCUUGAUGGCCAAAGGCUUCACCAUCACCCGCGGCAGACUCAGCACGUCCGGAACCAUCAAGCUCACCGUCUUCGUCUGCAUCUACGGUGUCGUGUACUCCGUUCUCCUGGUUUGGGAAGCUAACUUCUUUGACCCCGGACUGGUUCUGUACAUCUAUGAGAGCCCCCCUGGAUACGGUCUGGUUGCUAUGCGUCUGAUUGGAUGGGUCUGGUUCCUGUACUCCAUUUUCUUCACGCUGAAGAACCAUCCCGCCAAAGGGGCAUUCUUCUACCCUUUCUUCAUUUUCUUCACAUUGUGGUUCUGGGCUGGACCAAUCGUGAUCCUCAUCGCAAUGCAUGUGAUGAAACAGUGGACUCGAGAAAAGACGGUGAACGGUGUCGAGCAGUUUGUGUCGCUCGUCGGCCAUCUCUUCUUCUUGAUACUGACUCGUCCCUCGGCAGCCAAUACCAAUUUCCCCUACCACAUCAGAACAUCCCAGAUUGGGAUCUUGACCGGGGAAGAGGGAGAGACAGACUCUGGACAGGGGGGCGUGGCAAUGGGGGACACAGACAAUAUGGGGGGUGGAUUCCCCUAUGCAACCACGUCCUCCUACAAUGGCACGGCGCCAGACUUCUCUGGACUUUUCAUUGUGUCACAAACUCACACAGAGAAGAGGAAUGGACAUCUACCACCCCUGGCUGCUGAUGCAAAAUCUUUGCCUCCUCUUGGAAGCAACCUUGGCAGAAAUGAAACUUUGCCGCCAAUACAAAGUGAACAAAACACACCAUCCGCGCCACCUUCCUACGAAGCCCUCUUCACGGCCAAAAAUGCAUAAUUGUGUGAUCUGGCUAUGUUUUGAUCAUAUAUUUUGAAUAUUUAUUCAAAAGUUCUUAUGAAUUAUCAGUAUUUUGUUGAACAAUUGAAAUUUUAUUUUUUAUGUACAACAAAUGGUUUUAAAUGCUGAUGUGAAUAAUGUGAUACUACGAUAAGCGAAGUCUUGAUUGAGAAAUGUUUCCGAAUAAGGUGGGAUUAUAUUUUUUGGUAUUUUCGCCCUCAAUUUUGGUGUUUGGAAAUAAUGCAUGUAAGGAUAAUGAUGUUUUAAUAUCAGUUCCUGGAAGGAUAUUUGGUCAGUGUAAGCCCAAACAUUUGGUCGGUGUAAGCCGAAGCAAUGAUGUGAUUGAGGAGAGUUUCAACUGUUCACACGUUGAUCCUUGUUGGUUUGUUGUUUAACGCCGCACUCAGCAAUAUUCCAGCUAUAUGACGGCGGUCUGUAAAUAAUCGAGUCCGGACCAGACAAUCCAGUGAUUGAUAUCAUGAGCAUCGAUCCACGCAAU